AUGAGAACAGUGAGUGGAAAAUGGCAAAUUCAAUUACGUUCAACUAGCUCUUUAAUCUCGUCAUUGAAAGAUAUAAAUGUGAAGAAAUCUCAGCAGAAAAACGAGGGAAAGCUGUUGAACAGAGAUGAAGUUUUUACUGAGUUUGCUUAUGUUCUUAAUCGUGCUUCUGAUUUUAACUUUGUUGUUGCCAUUUUAUAUUUACAUAGUUGA